AUGCGUAAUAGCUUGAUAGCAAUUGUAGGUACAACAGGUGUAGGAAAAUCAGAUUUGGGAGUUCAAUUAGCGAAAACUUUAAGAGGGGAAGUUAUUAAUGGAGAUUCUAUGCAGGCAAAAGAAAUUCAUAAUCGUGAUAGAAUUCCAAUAAUUGUCGGUGGAACUCAUUAUUAUAUACAAUCACUACUUUGGAAACAUACUCUUGUUGGUGAUAAUGAAGAAGAAGGAUUAGAAUGUGAAGAAAUUCUUAACGCAGAAACAGAAGUUCUCUAUAAACAUCUCCAAGAAGUCGAUCCAGUAAUGUCUAAUAGAUGGCACUGGAAUGAUAGAAGAAAAAUACGUAGAAGUUUACAAAUUUAUUUGCAAACGGGGAAACCUCAUAGCGAAUGGAUUAAAGAACAACAUCAAUCUGAGGAAGAGACUUCUUUGAGGUUUCCACGGACAUGCAUAUUUUGGUUAUAUGCCGAUCCAAAAGUGCUUGAUAAAAGAUUAGAUGAGAGAGUAGAUAAAAUGAUUGAGAGAGGUCUUUUCAGUGAAAUAGAAAGUAUGAAUAAUCAAGUCAAUGAAGGAAAAAUAAUGGGAAAGAAAAUAGAAUUCACGAGAGGAAUUUGGCAAUCAAUUGGAUAUAAAGAAUUUGAACCUUACUUAAUAGCUUUGAAGGAAACAGAAAAGAAGGAUGAUAAUAAAAAUAUUGAUAACGAUAUCAAAGAUUUAAAUUCUUUAAAGAAACAAUGUACGGAAAAUAUGAAAAUCGCGACACGUAGAUAUUCUAGAUAUCAAAUUAAAUGGAUUAGAAAUAGGUUUUUAUUAAAAUGUUAUCAAAGUAAUAAUAUGAAUAAUGGCGAUAUUAGGAUAUACUUAUUGAAUGCAACUUCAUUAGAAAAUUGGAAGCAAGAAGUUUGUGAUAAGGCUAUUUCCAUUGCUAAAGAAUAUCUGGAAACCGGAAAUGGACCUGAUCCAAUUUCGAUUAAUCCGGAAUACUCCGAGCUUUUGAUCACAUGGACCAAGUAUCAAUGCGAUGUCUGUACCUUUUUCAAUGAAAAUUUACCGGUGAUCAUAAAUGGACCUUAUAACUGGGAUCAACAUUUGAAAAGUAAGUGGCAUAAAUCAAAUGUUAAAUGGAAAAAGGAGAUAGAUGAAAAGUGGAAUGGAGAUUUUCCUCCAUGGUUCAAACCUCGAAAAAACAAGGUGGUAAAUAUUUUAGUUGAGAAUGCAUCAAGGUCACGGAUAGAGAUUAAAACAGUUAACCGUUUAACCGAGAUUAACUGGUUAAUCGCAGUUAAACAGUUAACUGUGUUCGAAGCCGGAUAUUUCAUUCACUCCGAAAAAAAAUAUCGUGAUUUGACUCUGGACCUUCAAGGACAACUCGGUUCGCUGAUUGAUCCAAAAAACAAAAGAAUCUGGAGGUAUAAGCGGAAUGUCUUUCGUCGUGAAUGUUCUUGGGGGGACAUAAAUGAAGAUGACAUUUUACCUGGAUUUACGUUGGAUAUUGAGAUGAUCGAAAAUGCCCUUUCCCAAACACCAACACCAACAGAAACAUUUGAGUUAGAAAUCAAGUUCUCUGAGUGUGAAGAAAGUUUCACUGAACGUCAUAUUUUCAUUAUACACUAUGAAAAGCGUCAAGCACUUAAGCAAAAGCAUAAGGAUUAG